GUCUAGACGUGCUGCGGCAGGAUGCGUACCGGAAGAGGCGGGCAGAUGGCCGGAAGUGGGCCAGGGACACCCGGAACGCCUUGGGGGAGAUGAAGCCGGCGGUGGACGAGAUGUUCCCCGAGGGCGCCGGGCCCUACGUGGACCUGGAUGAGGCCGGAGGCAGCACCGGGCUUCUGAUGGACUUGGCAGCCAAUGAAAAGGCAGUUCACUCGGACUUCUUUAAUGGAGCCUGCCACUACACAGAACGUUUGUCACUCGUUAGUGGCAGCUAUGAUGUUACCUUGUCCGUCACAUGGUUUUCAGCAUAUCAAAGACCCUCGAAAGCCUGAGUCUGGGCGAUUUUUUGGGCUCCUUUUCAGCCAGUCGUUGCCUAAAAGGAGAACUAGUCUGCCUAGGUAGGUACAGACUUCCCAGGGAGCCUGUCUGUUCCCCUGAAGCAACGUCCCGGCUGCCACCAACUCCUGUCAGAACUGGGGGAAGUGACACUUGAGCCAGGCCUUGAGAACAGAAUAGCAUUUGUCUCAAUUCUCCAAGCAAGGGGGUGUGGGAAACAAAUUGUGAAAGGGGCGAGGCCUUUCCUGAGCAGCCUGUGCAAAAAUGCCAGCUCACAUAGCACGGCUUCGGAGGCCCCUUACCCUGGCCCCGCAGAAGUGUGACCUCUCCUAACACCACACAUUCUGAUGAUCUCCUUCGAAGCCGGACUCACCCUCCACCAGCCCAUAGCUUUAAACACAACGAUGUUCCAGUGUUCAUGUGAUUUCCAGACAUAGCUCCGACGAGAAAGCAUCUGUGAGAGGGGCCCAGCGAGCAUUUAUCAACAGCAGUUUAGGGCCCUUACCUCCUGGAGUCAGGCCAGAGAACACAGAAGAGCUUGUGCCCACGUCAGAGGCCCACUGACUGUUCACAGGUGCACACUGGCUGUCAGCUUGUGAGCAUCCCGUGUUCAGAAGCCAUCGCUGUAAGAGGGCCAUGUGGGCUUUAGA